GAAUCCAGUUCCAAACCCAUCGCCCCCACACUCCUAUCGCGUCGCAUAUAUAUAUAUAUAUAUAUAUACUCCUACACAUCACCAGGAGGUUGCGACCAAGCCAAGUACGUAGUACGCUAGCUAGCUACCACGCUGCUGCACCGGCGACCGCGCGCGUGGGGUGCAACGACAUAUAUAGAUCAUAUGGUGUCGACGCUGCAGUCCACGGCGGCGCUCCGGCCGGAGGCCACCACCAGCAAGCGCGCGCCGUGGCUCUCCCUCGUCGGCAGCGCCGUCGCCUCCUCCACCACCACCACGGGUUCCGCGCCCAACGGCAAGAAGCGGAAGCGGGACGGCAGCGACGAAGACGACUGCGGCGAGGUCGUGGACGGGAUCGAGCUCAAUUUCGACGCCGCGCCGCUGCCCCCCGAGUGGCAACGCUGCCUCGACAUCAAGUCGGGGCAGAUCCACUACUACAACACGAGGACGCAGAAGCGGACGUGGAAGGACCCCAGGGGGGAGCCGGAGUACCGCGCCGCCGCCGAGGAGGAGGAGGAGGAGGACUCCGCGAAUUGCGCGCCGCCAGGGCUGGACCUGGAGCUGAACCUCACGUUCGAGCCGCGCCGGGCUGUGGCCCACGAGAAGAAGAGGCCCAAACCCCCCGCGGCUAAUAAGGCGACACAUGACCGUCGUCGUCAGCCCGCGGAGGAGGCCGAGGACAGCAGCAGCGGCAGCAGCAGGGAGAUGGUGGCCGGCGUGUGCAUGCGCUGCCACAUGCUGGUGAUGAUGUGCCGCGCCAGCCCGGCGUGUCCCAACUGCAAGUUCCUGCACGCGCCGAGCCGCCCCGUCGCCCCGGAGCCGGAGCCGGAGCCGCCGGUGCCACUGCUCAAGCUCGGCCUCCAGCUGCUCUGCUGCCGGGACUAGCUGGCUGGCUACAUACGCUGCAUGCCCCACCGGCAGCGUCGAUCAUCAAAUCAAAUUAAACGGGAGCGCGUCGUCCGACCGACCUACCAUGGAUGGUUCUAUUCUAUACCGUGCUCCCCCCCGGCCUAGCCAUGCGUGGAACGAAGUGGAACACAGUAGAGCGCGCGCGCACGUGUGUGCGUCCGCAUGUGCAAGGGGUGGGGUGGAGGGGCUCAGGAUCACGUUACGUAAUUAUAUUAGAGGCAGCGUAAU